GUUUUAUUAUCUCCUUUUUAGUUGCUUCCAUAUAACAUCUUAUCUACUACAUCAUAACAAUUUAAUCAUGCAAAUCCCUGUCAUUAAUAAAGAGUCGAAAGAUGGCGAUAAGAAUUAUAAGGCACCAUCAUCCUUCCCAAUUGGUCCGCAUUUCACCAAAUACAAACAUAACCCUAUCCUUAGGCCCAACCCCGAGAAUGAAUGGGAAAGUGCUUACAUUUAUAAUGCAACUGCAAUCGUAAUUGAAGAUAAAGUAUUUUUAUUAUAUAGAGCUCAAAAUGCUGCAAAAACUUCUUCAGUAGGUUUGGCUUGGUCUACAGAUGGAUACAAUUUUACUAGGUUCCCACAACCAAUCUUGAAGCCAACAGAACCAUGGGAAAAUGGAGGGGGCUGUGAAGAUCCGAGAGUUGUCAGAGAUCCCAAAUCAAAACUUUUCAUUAUGACAUAUACUUCUUAUGAUCGAUGGAGAGCACGUCUUUGUGUUGCAGUAUCUGAAAAUCUCUUUGAAUGGAAGAAAUACCCACCAAUUAUCCUGCCUGACCUGAGCUGGCACGAUAUUGCCAUUGAAGUUGAUGGUACUAAAAUUAUCCGUGAAGCUUGGCUGAAACUGGGGGCUGUUAUCACUGAAAGACAUAAGGAUACAGGUAAAUACUAUAUGAUUUGGGGUGAUUGUGCUUUCCAUUUAGCAGAAUCUGAUGAUUUACGUCAUUGGCAUUUAACUUCCAAUGAUUAUCAUUCCAAUUUGUUUGCUCGAGGUAUAUUCAAUUGGCAAGAUAAGCUUAUUGAACCUGGUGCAGCACCAAUUAAAUUAGAUUAUAAAGAUGGUUCAAAGAGAAAUCAUUAUGUCCUUUUCUACAACUCUGCUACUCUCGGGGGAGGAAAUCUUCCAAAAGAUACAUACUCCAUUUCCCAGAUGCUUAUAGAUUAUGAUGAUAUAUUUUCAGGCCCAGCUGCAAGAUUAGAGAAGCCAAUCAUAAUUCCUGACCAAGAUAACGAGAGAAAUGGCCAAGUGGAUAAAGUUGUUUUCACAGAAGGUAUUGUUCAAUUCAAAGGGAAGUGGUUUUUAUACUUUGGCCAAGGUGAUUCCGAACUUGGUGUAGCAACUACAGAUGCAGUGUAAUACCACCAAUGGACUAAAACUUUCAAUAAAGAAAAAAAACAAAAAACAUAAAAAAAUAAGUACUUACUGGUGAAGUAUAUUGUUAGAAAUUUGAUUUUAUAAAUAUAUAUACUUGUUUUAGAUUACAGAG